AUGGAGACUAUAUCGAUGAGAGAAAUCACUUCUCUAGUUGAAAAGAUUUCUCUGGAAUUCAAACCGGCGAUCAAAGAGUCGUCCUCGUCUUGUAGUAGUUGUGGUCACUCGUACGUCGGUGAUGGAGUCUGCAUCGUCUGCAAAUCCACGGUGAACAUAUGCAAAGGUCGAGCGUUCGUUUAUCUCGUCCGACGUUUACAGCUAAGCCACGAAGCUGCAACAUUAAUGAAGCGAUUUACAACGCAAUACUAUUGUCUCAACGAGAAGAAGCUUCAUCUUGUCCUCGACUUGGACCACACGCUUCUCCACUCCACUGCGGUUUCAGGUCUCUCCAAAACAGAGUGA